AUGGCCCCCCUGCUGUUCCUUGAUAUUGUAUCGGUCGUAGAGCCGCCUAUUGUAGGCCAUCUACCCCGGGGCACUACCGUCGAUGUGAUCGUGCAGAACGCGGUUGAUGACACCAUGCCACUUUACAAACAUGGGGACCCCAUGUUUUUGCUUGGCUCCAAAGGCAAUGACACAUGGAGGUGGGAGAUAGUCGAAGAUGCCAUCAGAGCCCACACGGAGGAGCCGAACUUGGACACUCCCGCCCUACAGUUCGUGCACGAUGUGCCACCCUUAGGUUGGGCGGUGCUGCGGUGGCAGACUCACGUCCGCGGCGCUACAAUGCUACACUCCAACAAGUUCAAGUAUUACGCAGAUGCGCCUCGCAAAUAG